AUGAUAGAAUUAAUAUUUAUGAAUAUUCAUGUCAUAGUCGAACCACCAGAGAGUACCACCACCUCAAGCCGUGAACAGGAAUUACUCAAGCAAGUCGCUUCAUUGCAGGCAUUACUUAAUAAAUCCACCUAUGACUUCGACGUCAUCGUUCACCCGAAACGGAAGUGGACCUCAAAUAUUGAACAUGCGAUUCUCGAAGGCCUCAAAGAAUAUAUACACAAUUAUUCACCUCAGAGCGAUCAAGACCUUUGUAAAAUCCUCCGCAUAUUCGUGUCAGAUAAAAAACUCAAGUUUACUGUAUUCAUCGAGACGCCAUCAAAACUAUUUAACUCCUGGAUCUUCUCUAAAGUGUGUGAGCUCUAUGAGCUUAGCGAUGACCUGAAUCCUAGUAUUGAUGUAUAUCCAGUUUUUCAAUGCGGAUGUGUUAACACUAAGGAGGAAAAGUAUAAAGAAGGGUUGUGUAAACUUUUUGAUGAAUUGGAAACUUGUCAUGACAACCCCAUUGACGUGUCCUAUGAGGCCACAAAAAGCAUCUAUUUCUAUUCCUUUCUCACCUCAGCAACUUACCCAUUUAAAAUCCAAAUAAAAAUAGUACCUGAAAAGUUAGUCGAAGUGUUUAAGCUGUCGAAGCCUCUAUUUGUUGCGUAUGAAGAUGAGGGUAUGAAAGACAUGGCAGAAAAAGUCCUUGAUCAAAUUUUAUGGUUACUAGAAGAAGCGCAGAAGCCG